AUGCAGAGCCAUGAUGCAACCUUGAGAAGCUUGGAAACUCAAAUUGGGCAACUUGCAAAUGCUUUAACUAAUCGCCCCCAGGGCACUCUUCCAAACAAUACAGAAAAUCCUAGGCGGGAAGGCAAGGAGCAUUGCAAAGCCAUUUUAUUGAGAAGUGGAAAAGUAUUGGAGCAGCCACAGGAGAAAAACAAGCUGGAUGGAGAGCCCUCUUCGAUCCAAAAGGAAGAAAGGCAGGAUGGCCGCAUGAAUCCUGUACAAAGUCAAGAUGAGGUAGAACCUAGUGUUACUGCAGCAACGCAACAGCAACACAGUUCAGACCAGCAACAUCAGAAUCUACGUUCUGCUGACAAACAUAAUUCUGCAAUGUUGAGGCAGCAGCACGAAGCAGCAGUUGAAGCUCUUGAGCAAAUGCCGAAUUACGUAAAAUUUAUGAAAGAAAUUCUUUCCAAGAAGAGGCGUUUGGGUGAGUUUGAGACAGUGGCACUUACAAAAGAAUGUGGGCUGAUCUCUCAAAGCACUCUACCACCUAAAUUGAAGGACCCAGGGAGUUUCACAAUCCUAUGUUCGAUUGGCAACACUUAUUUUGAUAAAAUCUUGUGUGAUUUGGGUGCAAGCAUAAAUUUAAUGUCGAUGUCUGUUUUUAAGCAGCUAGGUAUUGGUGAAGCUAGGCCAACUACAGUCACCCUUCAACUUGCCGAUCGAUCAUUUGUUCAUCCGGAGGGAAAAAUUGAAGAUGUGCUGGUGCGUGUUGAUAAAUUCAUCUUUCCGGUGGAUUUUGUAGUCUUGGAUUAUGAAGCAGACAAGGAGGUGCCCAUUAUUUUGGGUAGACCAUUUCUAGCUGCUGGAAAGACAUUGAUUGAUGUGCAAAAAGAUGCUCUUGUGUUGGAAGAACUUAAUAAGAAUGCUUAUGAGGAAAUAGAGGAGGAGGAUGUCACAAACGCUGCAUUGGAGGUUGAGCAGGUUGAUGAUGAUUCACCAGCAUUACUGGGAGAAACUGAUCAAGUGGCUGUUUGUCAAGAAGGCCAUUUGAGUCACUGGAUUUAUCUGAGAGAAAUUUGA